UUAACGAGCGAUCGAGGAGGGGGUAGUAAUAGUGCUGUGCUGUUCAUUCAUUUAAAAAAAACAAAACACUGGAAUGAAAUAAAACAACGAGUGGAGAAGGAGAGAAAAUUAAAGAGACGGAAAAUACCGAAAAUAAUCGAAGGAUUUAUUUGUAUACUGCGUGCCAUACGGUUUCUCUGACUGGCUUCUUUGUGAAAGAAGUGGAUCAUUGUGGAUAAACAACCUGUGUCACUCUUCAGACUCUGCAGACACUGCACCUGGGUGAACGGAGAGGGGAUCUCACCUUCAGCGCCAACGCAGAGCUUACAGAUAAUCAGCACUGAAAGCAUGGAGCCUGCUGAAUCAGAGAUGAGCAUUCUCUCCAACGGGAAGGGUCACGGCCUAGGAGACGACAUCAGCAUGCCUAUGAAAUCACUGCCAGAGGACGAUCAAUUUGAAGAUGGUGAAGGAAAUGUGACAGAAUGUGAAGAGUUCCUGCCCAACCCAGAAGGAAAGAAGCCUAUGCGCUUCACUGAUUUUGAGGGGAAGACCUCUUUCGGAAUGUCUGUGUUCAACCUGGGGAAUGCCAUCAUGGGCAGUGGAAUUCUGGGAUUGGCAUAUGCCAUGGCUAACACUGGCAUCCUCCUUUUCCUGUUUCUCCUCACCGCAGUGGCUGCCCUCUCCUCCUACUCUAUUCACCUCCUGCUCAAGUCCUCUGGCAUUGUGGGCAUCCGAGCCUAUGAGCAGCUGGGCUUCAGGGCUUUUGGCACACCAGGAAAGAUGGCCGCUGGGAUUGCCAUCACUUUGCAGAACAUUGGAGCUAUGUCUAGCUACCUGUACAUUGUGAAGUCGGAAUUACCACUGGUCAUUCAUGCUUUCCUCAAAGCAGACAAUCCCUCAACGGAAUGGUAUGUGAACGGUAACUACCUGGUGGUUUUGGUGUCCAUCAGCGUAAUCCUCCCCCUGGCCCUGAUGAAGCAGCUGGGUUACCUGGGUUACACCAGUGGCUUCUCUCUCAGCUGCAUGGUUUUCUUCCUUAUUGCGGUCAUCUACAAAAAGUUCCAGAUUCUCUGCCCAUUUAAGGACUACUCUUAUAAUGGCACAGCUGCUGAACUCAUCUUGAACUCCACCCUUGCGGGCUACCACAACGGCCACAUCCCUGCGGAGGAUGGCUCCGACUGUGCCCCUCGCAUGUUCACCGUCAACUCCCAGACUGCCUACACCAUCCCAAUUCUGGCCUUCGCAUUUGUGUGCCACCCUGAGGUCCUGCCCAUCUACACCGAACUACGCAAGCCUACCAAGAGAAGGAUGCAGCACAUUGCCAACAUUUCCAUUUUGAUCAUGUACACCAUGUACUUCCUGGCUGCUCUUUUUGGCUACCUGACAUUUUUCGGUAGAGUGGAGGCAGAGCUGUUGCACACGUACAGUAAGAUUGACCCCUACGACACGCUGAUCCUGUGUGUGCGUGUGGCCGUCCUGACCGCCGUCACGCUCACUGUCCCCAUUGUUCUCUUCCCGGUGCGCCGUGCGAUCCAGCAGAUGCUCUUCCCCAACAAGACCUUCAACUGGCUGCGCCACACCGCCAUCGCCAUCAUAUUGCUCACCUUCAUCAACAUGCUGGUCAUCUUCGCCCCCGACAUCCUGGGAAUCUUCGGCAUCAUCGGUGCCACAUCUGCCCCAUGCCUCAUCUUCAUCUUCCCUGCGGUCUUCUACAUCCGUAUCGUUCCCAAGGAUGAGGAGCCCAUGAACUCCACCCCCAAAAUCCUGGCUGCCUGUUUUGCUGGAGUUGGGGUGUUGUUCAUGACCAUGAGUCUGAGCUUCAUCAUCAUUGAUUGGACAACAGGGAGUAGCAACGCUGGCAGUGGUCAUUAAGAUCUACUCUGUGGGUGUGGGGGGUGGGGGUGGGCUUUAGAAUUGUUGUUUUUUGUUUUUGUAGUUUUGAUCCCUUUGUAGAAGAUGCACCUUCUCUUUGUGAAGGGAAGAAGUUUCAGCGAAUCCGGGAUCAUUGGUGGAGAUUCUACUAUGGUCCAAAAAAUGUUUUGGCCAAAACAUAUGAAAGCAUUAUUAGGUUAUUGUUUUAAUUUGAUGUAUCAAACAGUACUUAAUAAUUACUUGAAAGUCUCAAAUGAAUGUACACUCAGUGAGCAAUUUAUUAGCUAGACCUGUUCACCAGCUUGUUAGUGCAAAUAUUUAAUAAGCCAAUUAUGUAGCAGCAACUAAAUGCAUAAAAGCAUGCAGAUGUGGUGAAGAGGUUCAGCUGUUGUUCAGACCUAAUGUGAGAAUGGGGAAGAAAUGUGAUCUAAGUAACUUUGGCCGUGGAAUGAUUGUUGAUGCCAGACAGGGUGGUGUGAGUAUCUCAGAAACUGCUGAUCUUCUGUGAUUUUUACAUACAACAGUCUCUAGAGUUUGCAGAGAAUGGUGUGAAAAACAAAAAACAUCCAGUGAACAGCAGUUUUGCGGGCAAAAACACCUUCUUAAUAAGAGAGGUCAGAGGAGAAGGACCUGACUGGUCGAAGGUGACAGCAAUGCAAAUAACCACGCAUUACAAUUAAGCAUUAAGUAUAUAGGCUACAGCAGCAGAAGACCAAUAAGUCAAAAACAUAAGUUUCAUAAAUACCUAAUAAAUUGCUUACUGAGUGUAUUUACAAUGACCAAGUAAUUUACACAUCACAAUAACUAUGAGUGUCAGACAUUUCUAUGAGUGAAAAGCUAAUUAAUUAUUUCAAUGCAUGGACAUGGGAAACUUUUCCACAAAGUUUCAAACAUUUCUUUAGAUUUAAGCAUUCAAUUGUGAUGAAAUCCCUCAUUCUCUGGCAGCCUUCUGAAGAAGAUGUAGCUAAUUCCGGCCAUAUUUGAGGGAACUGACAGGGUAGACAUUUCAAAGGUGACAUACUGCCCAGAGGUGGCACAGAGAAUACAGCCGAGCCUGGCCGGCUGUUUACUAAAAUGGGAAUACAGUAGAAAAUCAAGCUGGCUUGCUGAAAUGUCCCAAAUUUCUGUACCCCAUCCCCCCCAGACCCCCCAACACACACUCACACACACUCGUUCCUGUCCAAGCAUCUUUUCCCAAACCCUGAAGGGUUGACCUCGUGAAUUACAGCUAGUACUGUACAGAAACACAAUUGGAGCCCAGUCAGAUUUGUGUGACCUACAGAGUGUGGUAGGUUAUGCUACGCAGUGAGGGAAACUGAAAACAUUAGUUAAUAUAUUUAUAUAACGGCUAAACCGAUACAUUGUUCUGUAAUUAAGACUGUGAGAAACAUAAUGUGCAAUAGCCAAGGUGAAUGUGGAGACAGCGCUAUUAGACAGCCGUGGGAUGGUGCUCGGCAUGCCCUAGCUCAGUUCCCUGUCGUUGUUCAGAUUCUCUCAUUAGUAUCGACAGUAUUCAUCUGUUCCCAGCUCCCUGUUACUGUAUCUACAGGAGGAGGCCACAACAGAUUUCAGAAAAAAUUAUAUUCAAUUAAAUAUAUUAAUGUUUUUACUUCAUGAAAUACACUAAUGGACCUCAACGUAUAUAUUUUAAUAUGAUCAGGUAAUUUAAUACCUUUGAUAUAUUGACAAUAUUAGUAUUGUUAUUAGUAUUGUUGUUUCCUUUUUCCUUGGUGUGUAGUGACGUCUAUUGACAGCUGUUAACAGAGAAACUCAAUCUCUUCACACCAGGUUGUUUUUGUGUCUGUCUCCCAUUAUAUCACAACGUGUCGCAUCCUAGCUGUUUAGAUCGGACCUUAGUGAGGAUCAGGGAAGACCAGUCAGUGUGCUGAGAAUGUGCCCUGGAUACACACUGGCUUCUAUCAGUAAGUAAGGAUUUGAGCCGUCUGACAUGAUGAAUGAUGAACUAGCAGCCUUAUGUUCAGGUAGGGACUUGUGACAGAAAACCAUAUAAAUAACAAAAAAGGAACUGAAAAAUGGCCAAAGAAAAACGCACAAGCUGUUCUCUCUCCCUUUAUGAACUUCAAGGUUGUCCUGGCCCCUGUGUGUGAAUGUUCUAGAUUUGGCAAAGCACUAUGUACAUUUCACUAUAGCAAUUUUAUUAUCAUACAGUUAAGAUGGCUACAUCAGUGUAUGGCGGUAGCUAAACAUAAAGGUGUUUCCAUUGUGCUAUUUACGUAGCCAUAGGUUAUAGGUUACAGGUUACAGGUGAUGCUCUGAAUCCAUUUGGUUGAAAAGAACUUCUUGCACAUAUAGCAAGUAAAAUAACCCAGGUACAGAAACUGAUCUAUUAAAUAUAAUGGCCGAUUUAAUGUACUAGCCUUUGUAAUGGAAAUUGUUAAUGGAAAACAGUUCCCCGACAAAAUUUGUUUCCCUGUAUAAGACAUUUCUAUGUAUUCUUGAAUACAGUCGAGAAGAACGCAUGGGAAACGUGGAAAUGUAGGUAUGUGGUUUUCCUCACCGUACCAACAAACCAACAGCACAGACCAUCCUUGAUACAGUAUUCAUGCGGUAGUAAUUAUUUGCAGUGUAUUUUUCUAUUUGAUUUUACUUGCUGUACAGUAUUGAGACUGUAGCUACCCAGUAAAAAUAUAAGAUCAUAUUAAUUACAGUACACCUCUGUAUCAGGUUGAAGAAAGUUAUCUCACUCCUUAUAGUUGAGAGAACAUGUCACAUUAACUUCUAGAUUGUGUGACUUUUCUGGGAAUUUGUAGCUUGUGUACUACAGGUGGUUGUGACAAAUUGACUGUUAAAAUUGUGGUGCUGUUUAAAUUUGUUCUAAACCCUCUACAUUGAGGUUUUAUGGCACUAUACCUUGUCCUGUAUUGGGUCUCUAGCUUGGUUUUGUAUCUAUGGACGAUAUAUUGCAGUUUUUAAACUAAUGUAGCUUGUUGAUUUUUAAGUUAAACCUGAAUGGAUUUGAUCCUCCUUUGUAUGAACAUAAAAAAACGUCCUUCUGUAUAGUAGUAAUAUUAUCACCACAAUGCUUAUUAUUUUGGAAUUGUAAGUCACGGCUGGAGGAUAGUCCUCAGGCAGGAAUUAGUAUAUGUAUACUGUAACGGUCAAACGCAUUCAUCAUAAUAAUAACACAAUAUUUCAUCAGUUUUAAUCAAACCUUGGGUUGUUGGUGAGGAAGGGCCCAUCAUGAUUAAUGCAGAUUCUCUUUUAAAUACAUUCAAUCAAGUUGAGACUUUUUAAAAGUUGACUUCAGCUCAAGUACAGACAAUUGUUUUUUGUAAAAUAAAUUAAGAUAUUUAUUUUUACCUGUGAUUCUGUCUGAAACCAUUUCUGAAGUCUGUAUCAUGUUUUACAAACGUAGAUUUUUUUGGGAGUUAAAAAUGUAGUUACAUGUUUUAAAAAUAAAAUCUUGUUGUAACUGACCUUUGUACACUAGCCAUAAAUCAUUGAUAAUGUUGGACAAUGUUGUUGGCCAUUUUUUUCAGUUCCCUGGCACAAUUUGGGAAACAUUUUAAUUACUCUACUAUCUACACCCUUAAGCUUUAAUCACAAAUGAGCCAAAAUAUAUUUAACCACAGUUGUUAUGUUUUAUUAUUAUAUUAUUGUUUUAUUAUUAUUAUUAUUAUUAUUAUUAUUAUUACUACUGAUUUCUGCUACAGUUCUGCAGAAAUAUACUUUUGUGUACUAUAAUUGAUCUUAAUUUAUAGACAAUUUUAUUUUCAUCUGUACAGGCUUAUUAUUCAUAUAAACAACAUUUAAAAAAAUACUAUUAUUCAGUCUAAACAGGCAUGAAUUCACAUCUGUUUCAAGCCACUUCUAUUGCAUGCUUUGUGGAACCUGAGAUUGGGCCAAAAAUAGUCCGAUGGGCUGGAAUGGUUGAACUUUUCCUGUACCCGUCAUCACUUGAAAUUGUGCUUGUAUUUGUUUGAUAUCGGACGUUGCUUUGUGAGACUCUUUGGUUAAGAUGAAGUCACACAGGGGGAGGAGAGGCUGUGGAGCCUCUGUAUGUAGAAGGGGACUGUAUGUAGGCCAUCUUACCUGUCUUGAGUUAAUGGAUGGAUUCAGAACAUAAGGUACUUGAGUUCAUAAGUUGAGGCAUAUUCCACUUGUCACAUCCAAAAUGUCACCAGACACUCAUCUUUGACCUAAUUGUAUUAAAUGAAUUCAGAUUCCUAAAUGUAUGUUGCUAAACAUUCAAUAUAUAUUUGAGUUGGACCAUUCCUUAAUAAAAGACAGUGGGAGCCAAGUCCAAACAUAGGAUGUGCAUUUCUGGUUAGUCGUAGGCCAAGCUAAAUUAAUUUUUACAUUAAUGGAGCAUUGUAUUGUUAUGUGCAGGGCAAACCACACACAAUGAUGGAAAAGCUCACAUCAAAACAAUGAACCUUCUCUCUUAUUCUCUAGUUUCUGAUUGGUUCCAAAAUGAUAACAGGUUUGCUUGUCAACAGUGCGACAGCAUUGUGCAAAUCCCUUAUUACACCAGCUUUUGUCCAUACAGUGAAAGUUCUGUGUUAUUUGUGGCAUGAGCCAGAAGUUUCCUCUGAAAAGGUUUGACUUGGAAGUGUUCUUUGUGAAUUCAUUCAGGUGGCUUACUACUUUACAGCACUGAGGCGUGACAACUGGGUUAUUUCUGAGGCCUGUUUCUUUUUUUUCUUUUUUUAAUAGCUGUUCUUUUGCUUUGUUAUUUACUUGAUAAUAAUAAUGAGAUAAUGAAAUAUCAAUGAGUGACUAACAACUGUACGGAUUUUUGGGCUUACAGGCAACAUUUAUAAAUAAUGUAAAUAAAUGUAAACCCUUUAUAUUCCUUAGGCAGAUCUAGCUUGUAUAGUGUAAAUAGCUGGGAUAGUUGUAGUUUGACAAUAAAAAAACAAUUGUAUCAUUUUCAAAA